UUAUUUAGCGCAGCUUAGUUGAAAGCAACAACAGCAAAAUCAAUUGUAUUGACAUUUUAUUUGAAAAUUGUGUAAUUUGUAGAAAAUAAAUUGAAAAAAAUUUGAAAGUUGCAUUAUUGCGUGUCUGGAAUUUCACUUUAAAGUGGUAAACAGUCUGAUCUCAAAAUGCCUACCUGGACCUAUACGUUAGCUGUUCUAUUUUAUGUACCGCUGCUGUUACAUAGUUCUCCACUUUGCGAUGCCCGUGUUGCAACUCCGCCACAAGAGAUAAUGGCGCCACAGCCUGAGGUGAGUGGCAUUUUGUAUGAAAAGCCACUGCCGGCCGAUCGGCUAUACGACGAACCGAACAUAUUAAAAUAUGCACAGCAGCGUGAAAAAAUGAUCGAGGCGGAGCAAUUACUACUUACCGGUGGGCAUUUGCAACUCGAUGAAAAUGAGUUACAAGUGCAUCAGAUUUUCAUGCGUCACAAAUUGAUGGAGCUCACCUAUGGCAUGGAACAUCCGCAUGAGCAUGCGCCGGCGCUGCAUUUCUUCAAAGCGAAACCACUCAUCGAACAGAGUAACGUGUUCAAGUUCAUACAGGCCAUGCCGAAAGGCGCUAUUUUGCAUGUACAUCGCACACCGGCGGUAUCUGCCGAUUGGAUGAUUAGGAACCUGACUUACACGCCCGGACUCUUGAAAUGUCACACGGCACGCGGUACUGUGGUGCUCAGUUUUCGUGAGAAUGCACAGAAGCAUGGUUGUCGUACGAAAUAUUACGUGGUGGAGGAGGAGCGUAAGCGUACAUUGUCGAAAAAUCGCUACGAUCGAUUUUUGCAGUCCAAGUUGAGCUUAUAUUCACGACUGCCGGAACUUGAGUUCAGUGAACAGAACAAGGUGUGGCGACGUUUCGAAGACAUAUUCGACACGGUGAGUGAUACGGUUGGGUACGAACCCGUUUUCCGCACCUUCCACUGGCAGCUGAUGGAGGAAAUGUACGAGGAUAACAUAAUGUACGCAGAGUUGCGUAUGAAAUUUAAGCCACUGUAUGGCGCCAACGGCACAAUAGUAGCAAACGAGUAUGAAGCAGCCGAGUUGCUUAUGGCUCUAGUGGAAGAAUUUAAACAAUCACAUCUUGGUUUCUACGGUUUGAAAGUUAUUUAUGUGGCGCAUCGCGGUUCAGACCAAAUUCAAAUAUUCAAAGCUUUCCAAACAUUCAAAGACUUCCAUGAACGCUAUCCUGAUUUCAUUAUUGGUUUCGAUCUGAUUGGCCAGGAGGACCAGGGCAAGUCAUUGCAGGCAUUUGUGUCUAUUUUACAGGAUCUACCGAAAAGCGCAAAGUAUUUCUUUCAUGCGGGCGAAACAAAUUGGUUAGGCACAUCGGUGGAUUUGAAUUUGGUUGAUGCCAUACUACUCAACACCACACGCAUCGGCCAUGGUUACUCACUUAUGAAACACCCUUUACUCAGUAAGGCUGUUAAAGAGCGUGAUAUUGCGCUGGAAGUUAGUCCGCUGUCCAAUCAGGUUUUGAACUUAGUUUGGGACUUACGCAAUCAUCCCGGUGGCUACUUUAUGUCCGAUAAUAUACCAAUAGUGAUUACGAAUGAUGAUCCUGGCUUUUGGGAUGCCAAAGGUUUGAGCUAUGACUUCUACUAUGCGAUUAUGAGUUUCGCGCCGAGCAAUGCUGGCUUGAAGACACUGAAGAGUUUGGUAUGGAACUCGAUAAAAUAUUCAGCGAUGGGUGAUGCAGAGAAAGAGGCUGCGUAUGCGCAAUUGCAAUAUGAUUGGAAUGUCUUUUUGGACCGUGUUAUACGUGGUGAAGUUGUUUGAAAUAGUUAUAGUUAUAAAAAUAGUACACUUAUAUUUAAUUUUUGUUUACUGAUAUA